AUGAACACUGUGCCAGCUACGCCACGUCGACCUGCAUCCAGUAGAGUCCGCUCGAGCCGCCCAAAGUCUGCGGGGCCUUCUCAGUCCGAGAAGACCACUCCGGCCAACAUCUCCUCAGAGCCUCCUCAGAAGAAGCGGAGGUAUAUACCAGGUGGCCCAGGUGGUGGUGGCAGAUACGUCGACGAGGACGGAAACGAAAUACCCGUUGGAGGAACUGGACCUGGAGGAUACAACUAUGUCGGACCGCGUGGGCGCAUUGGCAGAGAAAACGCUGCUAUGGGCUUGAUUCCUCAAGUAUACACACGGAGAGAUCGGAGUACAAGAACACGAACAGUACUACCCCGCUCAGAACAGCCCCCCAUGAGGUUCAGCUCGGCGGCUCAAGUUGCGGCCGCGGUGCAAAGCGAUGGAUAUAAACCAAGAGAGGAGCGCGCGUGGGAGGAAUACCACCCAAAUCUUGAUAUUGAAGGCGUUCUUCACGCAUUUACCGCCCACGAUAUUCAGGGUAUACCAGAGACAAGACCUGUCACGCCUGCGAACGCUUCACUCGUAGCGGAGGACUCCAUCGUAAGCACGAAUGGUGCGGUAACGCCAAAUGGUGUGGAAGGGCAGAAGACGAAAAGCGAGGGGAUUCCCACGCCUGCUGCUUCCUUGAAUGGGGAAUCUCUAUUGAUGAUAGCGAUUCCUGGAACUCCUGGUGGUGGCAGGCGAAGACCUGGACGGCCACCUAAGGAUCCUAUUGCAUUUUAUUCAGCCAAGGCGGCAGCGAUCGGUGCGACGUUGAGUGUCAGCGGAACAAACACACCAAAAGCACCAAAAAUCAUGCAGCCUGUUCAAAAUAUCAACGCUAAAGAAAAAUUAACAUUGCCGCAACCUUCAUAUCGAAAAACCGAUACACUGGCUAUAUUCGAGGAUAAGGAACGUGGAAUGGUGCGUUACGUGGAUAAAUCCAUGUCCAAUGUCGGAUACCAAGAGACCGAUCUAUUCAUCCGCCCUGAGCUCAACCUUAUCAAAGUCUCAGACAGCAAUUUGGAAGAAGACCUCGAUCUUGGCCCUGGGCUUGGGGGUGACGUUAGUGGAAUUGUAGCUCUUGGAAGUGGUGGUGUCGGCCGCGUCGAGUACGACAUGGACGAACAAGACGAUAAGUGGCUCUCGGAAUACAACAACGAGCGGAAAGCCAUAAAUUUUGAAUCCAUAACCCGGGAAGUCUUUGAGAUCACCGUAACAAAAAUUGAAAAGGAGUGGCACUCAUUAGAAAAGCGCAUACCUAAGCCAAAUCCGAAGCCACCACAAACUCAUCGACCGCGGUCUAGUUCUGCAGCUGCAGUAAACGGAGAACCACAGGCUGGAGAAGAACAGGACAGUAAGUGCGCAAUUUGCGAUGACGGCGACUGCGAGAACACAAAUGCCAUUGUAUUUUGUGACGGAUGUGAUUUGGCUGUCCACCAGGAGUGUUACGGAGUUCCAUUUAUUCCUGAAGGUCAGUGGCUGUGCAGAAAAUGUCAGCUGAUUGGUCGUGGUAUUCCUGCAAGUCUUCCUUAUCCCUUAUUGAUACUAAACCUUAAUGCUAAUUCGUUUAUAGACCUGCAUUUUUUGCCCCAAUACCGAUGGAGCAUUCAAACAGACCAAUGCAUCGAAGUGGGCACAUCUGCUGUGCGCCAUGUGGAUCCCAGAAGUAUCUCUUGGCAACCAUACUUUCAUGGAGCCCGUGAUGGAUGUUGAAAAAGUGCCAAAGACUCGAUGGCGCUUGACUUGCUAUUUAUGCAACCAGCGUAUGGGCGCUUGUAUCCAGUGCGGCAAUAAAGCUUGUUAUCAAGCAUUCCAUGUAACUUGUGCUAGGAGGGCACAUUUGUUUCUCAAAAUGAAAAACAAUCAAGGAACCCUUGCUGUACUGGACGGAGGCACUGUUCUAAAGGCAUUUUGCGACAAACAUUGUCCCUCUGAUUAUGCAAAAGAGAACGAUGUAGCGAGAGCAACUCGAGAAGCGCGGGCUUUUUACAAAAGAGCGAUGCGCGGUCGGCUUUGGGCUGAUAGUCAAGCUUCCGCUCUAGCAAUGGCCGCCAAUCAUCGGCAUGCUGUUACUGAACAUCAACCUGAUGAGUCGCAGUUGACUGGCGCCAAGGUGGCUUUGGCUAUGGGUGAUAAGAAGAAAGGCGCGCAACCCGCCAAAGCCAUCUGGAAGCUCCCCUCUGGUGCUCCAGUUAUUCCACAGGUUGUCUACAAUUCUGUGGAAAGUUCACUUCAGCGCUUCAAUAUUCGAAAGCGCAAAGAAUAUGCAGCUGACGCGUGCCGAUAUUGGACGCUGAAACGAGAAGCACGGCGAGGCGCUGCCCUUCUUAAAAGGCUGCAACUCCAAAUGGAAACGUUUUCUUCAAUGGAAAUAACACGAAGAAACUUUGCUGGGAUGGGACCUGCCGGCAGACCAAGACUUGACCGUCGAAUAGAGUUCGCCCAGACGCUAAUAUUAGACUUGGAGCGAUUGAAGCGCCUAGCCGAAGACGUGAAGAAGAGAGAAAGCGACAAGCUUAUUGCUGUGGAGCUUGAGGAGGAUCUCGUCGAUACUGUCUACUUUCCAGUCGCCAAAACAUUCCCACCAGUACUUGAAAAAGCUUUAGUGUAAGUUUAGUAACAACUAGAUGUAGACGCACACGCUAACUGAAAUUAGUCUCGACAUAAAGAAAGUCUUCACUUCGGGUCUCGAAGUCUUGCAGAAAAGAGUUCAGAAGCGCUUCUAUACAACAGCAAUGCCCUUCGUUCAAGACCUUGGAAACAUAUUUCAUACUGGUGUCGUUUCCCAACCUGAACCGAAAACAGAAGAACCCAUCGCGAGCGAACUCAAAAGACCAGUUGUCUUGGACAUCAAAGAAAGGAGAAGGCUUGCUAAAAGAAUCAUUAGGGCUGUUCAGCCUCUGCUCCAUUUAGCAGCCCGUGCAGAGGCUGAUAUAUGUGGGAAGUCAUCAGAGAGCCUCGUUUCAGAGGUAGACCAAUUACUUGAAGCUUGUGUGCAAGUGACCGGAGACACUGCCAGAUCUAUGGGGGAUUCGGCCUCACUAGCAGAUGUGGAUGUCCAUAUGACAAACGGAGUGGAGCUUACCAAUGGAAAUGCUCACGAGGAAGCGAAGUUGCCAGCGGUUGCCAAAUCUAUUGACGUGGAAAUGCAAGACGCAGAAGCAAGCGAAGAAUCUAACCCGUCUCUGACGAAUGGAACAACCGAUACAUCUGUCACUGAUACAACUCUUCCAGAGGCUGAGGGGGUUAUAUCGCAGGCCAACCCCGACAUCCUCAACGGCACCAAUACUGGGAAGCACCCCGAGACAAAUGGCAAUACUUCCAUAUCAGAUAUUGCAAACCCUCCCACGCCACCACUCUCAAACGGUGACGCUGGCCCUGACCGCAAUGACGUCUUGACGAACGGCGGAAUUCCAUGGUACCUGAAAGAGUUCAAUCCCGAAGGUACGAGUAUUUCUCAAGAGAAGUGGAACGGUAGAGAUGCAGUGGCCCGACUCAGUGAAGAUCUCUCUGAUAUGGACGACGAAGCACUGAAUGGAUUGGGGGCGGACGUUGCUGGCGCCAAUAGGCAUAUCAUCGUUGCCGCCCCUGUCGCGAAAGCCAAAAAGGCUAAACCCAAACGAAACCGAAGGCGUUGA